GCGCCGACGGAGUCGACGAUCAAGGGGAUCAGGGAUAAUUUCACUCGUUUGCUCGUCGCGGCGUACGUCGGUGGUGUCGUCGCGUUGCAUCCCACGUUCGCGCAAGGCGCGGGUGUGGCGGCGUUUGCGACGUUUUGCUCCGUGUACGACCAAGUCGCUUUCGCCGGCGGCGUCUCUGCACUCGCCCUCGACACCGUCGCGCAGUCGACGUCGAAGGAGUACGUCACGCGACUUCGCCGGCACGAGGCCGCGCAUUUUCUCACGGCUUAUCUCAUCGGCAUUCUGCCGAAGGGCUACACCCUGAGUUCCCUCGACGCGUUCAGGACGUACGGAGCGUUUAACAUCCAAGCGGGAUGCGCUUUUUGCGACGGCGAGUUUCAAGAAGAAGUUCGAAAGGGUAAGAUCUCCUCCACAUCGCUCGGGAAGUUCGCAUGCGUCGCGAUGGCGGGUAUUUGCAUGGAGUACAUUCUGUUCGGUUUCGCCGAGGGCGGUCUGAGCGACGUGCAACAGCUCGACGGUCUCCUUCGCGCGUUGGCCUUCUCGCAGAAGAAGUCAGACUCCGAGGUGCGAUGGGCCGUGUUGAACACGACAGCUCUGCUUCGCAGGCACGUGGGCUUGACGGAAAAGUUGGCUGAGAUCAUGGCUAGAGGGGCGAGCGUGGGCGAGUGCGUCGCUCUCAUCGAGACAGAGAUGCAAACCGCGGCGCUCAUUUAA